CAUUGCCUCGAGGCUUGCGGUCAAGGCUGUGACCUGUUGUUUUCACCAACGUGGAACCAACCCACUUUCCGUGCACCUUACUAACUUGUACUUCGCUCAGACUGAUACACAACCGUCAACUCUUUACAAUGGGCAAAGGCAAUCAGUCGAGGCGUUCGAAGUCAGUUCCGCCUCCAGAAGCCCCCAGGUCUAGUGGAGCAAUAGCUAGUGAAAGCUCGGGCCGACGCCGUGGAAAAAUCCGUCAGGUUUGGGGGGAAGUCAAGGAUGGCGUGACUAAAAAGAUGUUUAAGCGUUCAAAGGAUUCCCCAAGUGUUCUCCCGAACGCCGAUCUUGAAGGUUCUUCAUCGACUCCGAAUAUCGAGGAUGCCCCUUCUGCUUCUGGUGUGGAACAAGAUGCUGAUCCCCGAUCGGCACUUGGAGAUGCCCAUGAUGCUGCAGAUCAGAUGAAUACACUUUCGGGACCUGCGAGAACUGUGGCGUCCGCAGGCCAAAAUGCAUCAUCAACGCUCUCGAUACUGCAGACACUUUCCAGGACACAUAUAUCAAACCCCUCAGG